GAAUAUUUUUCUCAAAGGCUUCGGCUCUCUUCUCGGCCGCUGGUGGAGGAAAAUUACAAAAAUAAGUGCCAUGAUGGCGCAUCUUUUGUAGGCAGUAGCUAAGACAACUAAAGUUACAGGCGGUAGGGUCCUUUUUAGUCACCUCCACGCGGUUUUCCCAGAGUGCGCCGCGCGUGACAACCUUUGGCGGGACCGACGUGGUGGAGUGGACCCAAAAAUAGCGUCUAGGCGUGGCCCUGUACGCGACCCGUAGGGCUCGCCUAUAAAAGGGCUCAGCUGGGGCGGGGCGCAGAUACCUGUGGCGUCGUGUUUUGCUUGCUCUGUGAGCGUGGCCCAGGUUCGACGCCUUUUGCGCCUUAGAAGCAUCAGCGUAUCAGUUUCCUCGUAAGUCGGGAGUGAUGGAACGACCACCCUGUAGGGCGGCUGUGAGAAUUGAGAUGAGGCUUGGUUCAUAUUGAGCGCUCAGCUUUCCUGGCUUAUAGACAGUGGAGGGGCGUGGCCCCACCAUGCACCCCAAGGGUCUCAGACUCAAGGGCCAGCAGGUAAAUAGAGCCAUUACAGUAGCCUCGGGUCAGAAAAACGACAGCCCAGGUAGGAAGAGGAGGAGUUGGCGGGGAGCCUUGGGCCCCUCUGGCCUCAGCCGGAUUUCCCAGCCAAACGCAGGGAGAGAUGCCCUGGACCAUCUUGCUCUUUGCAGCUGGCUCCUUGGCGAUCCCAGCACCAUCCAUCCGGCUGGUGCCCCCGUACCCAAGCAGCCAAGAGGACCCCAUCCACAUCGCAUGCAUGGCCCCUGGGAACUUCCCAGGGGCGAAUUUCACACUGUAUCAAGGGGGGCAGGUGGUCCAGCUCCUGCAGGCCCCCACGGACCAGCACGGGGUGACAUUUAACCUGAGCGGCGGCAGCAGCAAGGCUCCAGGGGGACCCUUCCACUGCCAGUAUGGAGUGUUAGGUGAGCUCAACCAGUCCCAGCUGUCAGACCUCAGCGAGCCCGUGAACGUCUCCUUCCCAGUGCCCACUUGGAUCUUGGUGCUCUCCCUGAGCCUGGCUGGUGCCCUCUUCCUCCUUGCUGGGCUGGUGGCUGUUGCCCUGGUGGUCAGAAAAGUUAAACUCAGAAAGUUACAGAAGAAAAGAGAUCGAGAAUCCUGCUGGGCCCAGAUUAACUUCGACAGCACAGACAUGUCCUUCGAUAACUCCCUGUUUACCGUCUCCGCGAAAACGAUGCUGGAAGAAGACCCGGCCACCUUGGAUGAUCACUCAGGCACCACUGCCACCCCCAGCAACUCCAGGACCCGGAAGAGGCCCACUUCCACGUCUUCCUCGCCUGAGACCCCCGAAUUCAGCACUUUCCGGGCCUGCCAGUGAGGCUGAGGACUGGGGGACCGCUCUGUCUCCAGGCAUUCGGGGGCCUGAGGUCCCUCCAGCUACUUCUGGGGCGGCUCUGUCGGCCACUUUCUCAGGGAAUUGGACAGAGGAAAGGAAGGGGAACCCUGGCCUUGGGAUUUUCAUCACAGAGGAGUGGGAGAGGGGACACAGGCAUGGGCCUGGCACUAAACAGACAACAGGAAGUUCCCCUCUCGACCUUCGGCUCCUCAGGACCACCAGAGAAGGAGAUGUCAGGACCCCUUCUUGUCCCCCAGCUGGGCCAUAAGACGUCCCAGGUCUCUGCACACCCGUGGAAUUCCUCCCUUCCCCAGUGGGUUUUUGAGCAUAGGGUGCCCUUGGGUGUGUUGUGUGUCUGCCUGCUGGCUUGCUUAAGUUAUUAAUUAUAACACGGGUCAAGGUGUUCCCAGGCCUCUAUGGAGUGGAAUCCUUCAAGCUGGGGACCUCUGGAUCCCAUGGUUGGAUGG